CCUCAGAAACCGCCCAAAUUGUGAAUAGUCUGCCCAUCUAUACACCAACGCCCUCUCAAAUGGCAGCCCGCCAAGUUAUGUCCCGAGAUUUGCCCAACUUUUCGGGCGAUCCAGCUGAUUGGCCAGCUUUUAUAACUUUUUUUACAAGCUCUACGAUUGCUUGUGGAUAUAGCCCUACUGAAAACUUAUUCCGACUCCAACGUUGCUUGAAAGGCGCUGCUUUAAAUUGUGUGCGCAGCCGCUUACACCUCCCCCAAGCAGUUCCUUACAUAAUAAGAACCCUUAAAUCUACUUUCGGUCGCCCUGAGCUGCUUAUCAAUAUGCUCCUCGAGAAAGUGCGCUCUGUUCCCUCCCCAAAAGCCGACAAACUAGAUACGUUGAUUGAAUUCGGUAUGGUAGUACAAAGUUUAUGUGAUCAUUUGGAGGCAGCUGGUCAAACCUCUCACCUCAACAACCCCACACUCCUCAGCCAUCUUGUCAACAAACUUCCAACAUGUUAUCAACUUCAAUGGGCUGAAUUCAUUGAAAAUCUUUCGGACGAAAACUUGGGAGAUUUUAAUGAAUUCAUUUCUCGUCUAGCCCGUUUCGCGAGUCGGGUAACUUUAUAUAAUGGUAGUAGUGAAUUCUAUAGUGAAGAUAAGCGGAAAAUGAAGCGAGGAAAUGUUAACGCUCAUACGGAAACACAAGUACGAGUGCCUGAGGAACCGAGAAAAUUGUGUCUAGCCUGUGGUGGAGAACAACAUCGACUGAAGGAUUGUGUGGUGUUCCAGAGCUUCGACGUCGAAGGCCGCUGGCGCUUCGUGCAGAACCAAGGAUUGUGCCGUAACUGUCUCAACUCUCACGGUCGAAGGCCAUGCCGCGUUCCCGGUUGCUGUGGGGUCGCUGGUUGCAACAGUCGUCAUCAUCCGCUUCUUCACAAUCCUCCUGCGCAUUCCUCUUCAAACGCCAGCCCUGUUGUGUCCAUGGAGAAUCAUAGCCACCGUAGUUCAUCACAUUCUUUGCUAUUCAAAAUCGUUCCAGUCACCCUGUACGGCAACGACGCUGUGGUAAACACCUACGCCUUUUUGGACGAUGGAUCAUCGCUCACUAUGGUCGAAGAGAGCCUGUUGGAGCAGCUGAACAUCGAGGGUGUAAAGCAGCCGCUUUGCUUGACGUGGACGGGCAAUGUGUCUCGUGUCGAGAAGAACUCGGAGGUUGUGCAGCUCAGUAUUUCAUCGGGUCAAGGCAAGCCCAUGCAACUCCGCAAUGCGCGCUCAGUCAGGCAUCUUUCUCUUUCUCAACAAAGCCUGGAUUUUGAACGAAUCGCAGUAGAUUGUCCUCAUCUUCGGGGGCUUCCAAUCAAGAGCUAUACAAAGGCAAUUCCGAAGCUACUCAUUGGCAUCGACAACCUGCACCUCAUCGCUCCUUUGAAACUUCGUGAAGGACGAACCGAACAACCGGUUGCAGUGAAGACGAGGCUAGGGUGGUGCUUGUUUGGUGGAUCGUCGGAAAGUCAGAAAAGUUCAACACUCAACGUCCACCAGUGCAAAUGUUCUGGUGAUGAUUCUCUCCACUCCUUGGUCAAAGAUUUCUUCAGCACAGAAAACAUCCCUCCAAAGCCAACUAUCGAGUUGAUCCCAAGGGAAGAACAGCGAGCCCUUAAGAUUCUCGAGGCAACAACCAAGCGCAUUGGAAAUAGGUACGAGACGGGGCUACUGUGGAGAUUCGACCACUUCGAGAUGCCAGAAAGCUACUCAAUGGCAGAAAAGCGAUCGGCCUGUCUUGCGCGUCGGAUGCAGCGAGAUCCAGAACUUCGAGAAAAUCUUGUUAAGCAGAUCGACGGUUACGUAACAAAGGGCUACGCUCAUCGGGCCACGGAGCAGGAGUUAGCCACUGGAGAUCCUCGACGCGUGUGGUACUUGCCACUGGGAGCUGUAACAAACCCGAGGAAGCCAGGCAAGGUUCGGCUGAUUUGGGAUGCUGCGGCCAAAGUAUGCGGUGUGUCGCUGAACUCCAUGCUUCUGAAGGGUCCAGAUCAAUUAACCUCUCUUCCCUCAGUUCUGUUCCGGUUCCGCCAGUUCCAGGUAGCUAUUUCAGCCGACAUUAAAGAAAUGUACCACCAAGUAGCCAUUCGUAAAGAAGAUCGCCAUGCUCAACGUUUUCUGUGGCGCGAGGACCCCGGGAAACCCGCUGAAACUUUCGUCAUGGACGUCGCAACCUUCGGAUCAACAUGCUCACCUGCCUCUGCACAAUACGUGAAGAACCGGAACGCUGCGGACUUCGUUGAUCAAUUUCCAAGAGCAGUGAACGGAAUUAUGCAUGGGACAUACGUGGACGAUUACUACGACAGCUUUGAGCAGCUUGAAGAAGCCGAACAAGUAGCUCUCCAAGUUCAAACGAUUCACUCCCGUGCUGGUUUUCAACUCCACGAAUGGCGCUCCAACCGGCCACAGAUAUUGGAGAAACUAGGACAAACCGCCUCGAUAGAGACCAAAUCACUUAGCAUUGAGAUCGACAAGAUCGAACGCGUUUUGGGAUUGCUAUGGCGACCGCGAGAAGACGUUCUUGGAUUCCAUACCGAGUUACCAGCAGAACUUAAGGCAGCGAUGUCGUCACCUUCUGCUCCAACGAAACGACAAGUUUUGAGGUGUCUCAUGAGCCUUUUUGAUCCUCUUGGCCUGCUGUCUAUUUAUACGGUUCAAGGGAAAAUCAUCCUCCAAGAAAUUUGGCGAUCGGGUAUUCAGUGGGACGAGCGGAUAGAAGACAAUAUUUUCCACCGAUGGCAGCAAUGGACCGCUCUUUUCCCGAACAUCCAAAAACUACAGUUUCCUCGUUGCUACUUCUCUACCGCUAGUGCAGCCCUGUAUCACCGACUUGAACUGCACAUCUUUGUCGACGCUAGCGAAGAUGCCUAUGCAGCAGCGGCGUAUUUCAGAACCACCAACUUGAAUGGCAUGGCAUCUGUAGUUCUCGUAGCAGCAAAAACGAAGGUCGCCCCAUUGAAACCAACAUCAAUACCCAGGAUGGAACUACAAGCCGCUGUAUUGGGAGUCAAUCUCGCCAAUUUCGUUGCUGAAAACCACCAAAUAUGCAUUCGUAAUAGGAUUUUCUGGUCUGACUCACGAACAGUUCUAGCCUGGCUUAACUCGGAUGGCCGACGCUACCAAAAGUACGUAGCUCUGCGUAUUGGACACAUUCUUACCGAAACUAAUCCAGCAGAAUGGCGUUGGGUGCCCAGUGACCGGAAUCCAGCCGAUUUAGCCACCAAAUGGGGUAAGGGCCCUCAGCUCGAAUUAAGCAGCACCUGGCUUCAAGGACCACAGUUCUUGCAGCAGUCGGAAGAAGCCUGGCCAUCAACACCCACACCUUGUUUACCCGUCGAAAUAGAGCUCCGACCAGUUCACGUUCACCAAGCAGUUCUAAUGUUUCCAGCACUUAUCAACUUGUUCCGCUUUUCUAAAUGGAAACGCGCGCUUCGGGCAAUGGCCUACGUCUUUAGAUACAAAGAGAACUUGAAGAGAACAACGCAGAAGCAAGAGAAAAAUAUCGGAACACUAUCGCAAGAAGAGCUAGAAACCGCUCACGACUGGAUGGUAGUGAUGACGCAGUGGCAGUGUUAUCCAAUAGAAAUGACCGCUCUGAAUUGCACCAACGAAUCUCGAGAACAAUUACCGACAGUGGAUCGUUCCAGCUCUAUCUACAAACUUUCUCCAAUCGUAGACCAAAAGGGAAUGCUGCGGAUUGACAGUCGUCUUCAAGCUGCGGUAGAUAUACCUUGGUCAAUGAAAUUUCCUAUCAUCUUACCGGAAUGCCACCGGCUGACGGAACUCAUCGUUGCCAGUUUCCAUGAACAGCAUUUUCACGCAAACUCCGAGACAGUGGUUAACGAGCUCCGCCAGGUUUAUCACAUCCCCAAGGUAAGAGUCGUCGUCAAAAGGAUCGUACGCAACUGCCAAUGGUGCAAGGUGAAGAAAGUCCUUCCUCGUGUUCCUCGAAUGGCUGCACUCCCCACGCCACGGCUGGCAACAUUAGUGCGUCCUUUCACUUUCGUCGGUUUGGACUUAUUCGGACCCCUAACAGUCAAAGUCGGCCGAAGCCAGGUCAAGAGGUGGGUAGCGCUCUUCACCUGCCUGACGAUACGAGCGGUCCACGUAGAAGUUGUCCACAAUUUGUCCACGCAGUCCUGCAUCAUGAGCAUCCGACGGUUCAUCGGGCGCAGAGGACCUCCUGCUGAAAUCCACUCCGACAAUGGCACCAACUUCUACGGAGCCUCGCGAGUUCUACAAGAGCAGAUGAAAGCAGUUCACGAUGAUCUAGCCACAACGUUCACUACUACCACUACCAAAUGGGUCUUCAUCCCACCAGGCACCCCCCACAUGGGCGGCUCGUGGGAAAGAAUGGUGCGGUCCAUCAAAACUGCAAUGGAAGCGGCCAACGGAGAACGAAGUUUAGACGACGAAGCGCUGUUGACCUUGACCAUCGACGCCGAGUACAUGGUGAACUCCAGACCACUGACGUACAUGCCUUUGGAGUCGAACGAAAGCGAAGCCCUCACUCCAAACCACUUUCUUCACUGCAGUUCAAAGGGCAUAAAACCGCCUACCGCCCAGCCAACCAACGUCGUGGACGCACUACGCACAACCCUGGGGCAGGUAAAUCAACAGUUGGACAUCUUCUGGCACCGAUGGAUCCAAGAAUACUUGCCGACGCUUACUCGCCGCACCAAAUGGUUUGAGGAGGUGCCGCCAAUAGCCGAAGGGAACCUGGUCGUUAUCAUCGAUGAGUCGAAGAGGAACAAUUGGGUUCGGGGCCGGGUUGUCAAGUUACUUCCGGGGGCUGAUGGUAGAGUCAGGAGGGCGUUGGUACAGACUUCGAAAGGGGGGCUCAUUAAAAGGGCGGUGGCAAAACUGGCUAUACUAGAUGUGGCGAAAGACGGUAAAGCUGAUCCCGACCAUUCAGACGAUCAGCGUUACGGGGGGGAUGAUGUUGCUGACGGAAAGGCUGGCAACCCUUCCUCAGUCGAGCAGAAAGCGCCACAAGGGACAACCAGCAGCGAAUGAGAUAGAAGAUUAAAAACAAACGUCACUCUUUCACUUUCUUCCUUCAUCUGAGCGGAUCACCACGUUUGUUUUUUAGUAAAUUUUCUAAUAUUUCUAAAUUCUUGAAGUAUAUAAUUAUAAUUUGUUAAUCUAUUAUAGUGCCUAACAUCUACCACAUAAUUCCAACGAUUCGAUUAUUGAAUUAAUUAGAGCAGAAUCGAUAUCGGUGAGAUUUAUUUGAAAAUUGUUAAACCUACCUAAGUUAAUAAGUUUGCUAAAAUCGUUGUUAUUCUAGUUCUCACAUAUCUACAAUUUGUUACCCUACAAUUCAUUACUCUACAAUUUGAUAACCUACAAUCUAAACCGAAAUUUUUGAAGCCUGUUCACACCGAACCUAACCUCGUUUGAGUCGUGACUUGCUGGAAGAAAUCGGUCCCACUAACAAUCGUUCCCAACUUCUAAAGAGAAGCCGGAACAUCUCCUAACUCUCCCAGAGCCGGAA